AUGGCUCGAAAGAACAAGCGGGCACAACGCCUCGAAGAAGCAUUCAUGCGGGAGGAAGAGCUUGAACGAAGACAAGAGGAAGACGAGGAAAUGACAGAUUCUGAUAACAUGGGGUCUGUGAGCAGCACAGAGGAUCAAAAGCCAAUUCCGCAAACCGACGAGCAAUACCUUGCACAGAUGCCUAACCAACAAGAUAUCAAGAACGCUCGCGAGGCAAUCGCAACGAGACAGAAACGUUUGGCAGAACUCGAAGAACGCCGCAAGCUAGCAGAAAGUGAAUUCGAGGCGAUAAGGGAGAAGCGCAGAGCUCUCGAGCACGAUAUUACCAGAAACCAAGAGCUGCUGUCAAAGCUUCGAAUCAUGCCCAACGAAAUGCUCUCUGCUGUUUUCACUGCAUAUAUUGAAUCAGACCUCGAUGCAUCUCCCUGGAUUCUUGCCUCUGUCAAUCGUGCAUGGCGUGCAGCUGCCCUCACUACGCCUUCGCUCUGGAGGAAGAUUACCCUUGUCGGGAAUGGGUGGCAAUCUGCAUGCGUUUCACGGACCCUUCGCGGUAGUGAGCUUUGCUGCACAGGUGAACAGCUCAAACGUGCUCUCAAGCGAGCAGGAGUAGGACCUCUCGAGGUAACUAUCCUUUUGGAGAAUGCUCCGAAAACUCAGCAGAGGGCGCGAACGAUAGCAAACCAGAUUGAAAUUCUCUUGGCGAUACUUCGCGAAGAAGGCUUCAUGCAGCGAAUCAGCACACUGCGGUUCGAAGGAAAGAUAGGCUUUGUCUCGUCUUACUUGGGAUCGGUAGCAUGGGAGAUGCCCAAGUUGCAAAACUUGGUGGCCGAGCAUGGUUCCAUAGUGGGAACGAAGAAGAUGUUCGAUACGUCCGAGCUGCGAUCUGUACGUAUCCACAAUACGUAUUGGUCGAUGAGCGACAUGCCUCCGGCAAGAUCAAGCAAACUGAAAGAACUCUCACUAUCUGGCCCCAAGUUCAUGAAUGAUAUGGACUGGAAAGCUCUCGGUGCUCGAAUUCAAAGCUACUCGCUCCUUACACACUUAGAGAUCAGGGGUCCUGGGACUUGCUGGUCCAACAGCUCAGUACUCGCGCUUCCUCGUCUGACGUAUUUGGAGAUUGAGCAUUGCAAAUCUUGGCCCAUCGUCGUCCCAAAUCUUCAAACGUUGAUUAUUACUAAAGGAGAAUUUGCGGAUGGUCCACCCGGAAGUAAUCAGUUCCCGACUGUCAAGGUGUUCAGAAUGGACACACAGAAGUACCACUGGGGGAAUGACAUAGAAAAUUACCAACUUAGAUCAAUCCAAACGCUAGAUUUACGCUGCAUGGCAAGCGUCACGACCAACAACAGCCAUUUCAAACUGCUCGAGAAGAAUCAAUUGACGACCAAACUCAUGAAACCUGUCGUGAUACGCCUUCGUGACAUGCUCGUGCAUGAAAAGAUCCUUCUGGACACACUUGAAGCCAUUCCGACACUUGAGACGUUGGAGUUGACUGGUUGUCUUGUCGGAAAGGUCUUUUUCGCCGGUCUCGCACCCAAGAAGGCAACGGCUACCAUUCCAUACCCCUCUCUCACUACGGUCAAAGUCGACUUUAGUAGCAAGAAGCUAAAGGAGGACCCGAAGAGCAUCAAAGCCACUGCAAAGAGGGCAAUGAAGGCACGAGUAUUAGCGGGUCGUGAUAUGCUUUGGGCUCUGCUCAAGGUCACAGAGGAGGCGGGGUGGAGCGACUUGCUCAACUAG